GGGAAUUAGUAAAUAAAAGAAAAAGAAAAAGAAAAAGAAAGCACUUAAAUGAAAAUCUGAGAUGGGGUCCACUCCCAUUAACAUUGAUUUAAACACACCCAAUCACCCACCUCUCCUCCUCUCUACCUCUAUAAGUACCUCUACCUUACCCUUCCUCUUCUUUCCGAAUUCUUCCCUAUCUUCUUCUUCUUCUUCUUCUUCUUCUUCUAUUUAUCACUGCUCUAUCCAUUCACUUCUGGCCUCCAAUGGUGGACGUCGACCGUAGGAUGGCUGGUCUCAACCCGGCCCACAUCGCUGGACUUCGACGCCUAUCCGCUCGUGCUGCUGCUGUUACUCCUUCUCACCCCUCACGCGCCGGCCUUCUCUCCUUCUCUUCUCUCGCUGACAAGGUCAUCACCCAUUUGCGCAACACCGGCGUCGAGGUGCAACCCGGCCUCUCCGUCGCCGAGUUCGCUCGAGCCGAGGCCGAGUUUGGCUUCGUUUUCCCUCCCGAUCUCCGAGCCGUACUAUCCGCUGGUUUACCCGUCGGUCCUGGGUUCCCCGAUUGGCGAUCUUCCGGCGCCAGGCAACAUCUUAGAGCCACGCUCGAUCUUCCAAUUGCGGCCAUUAGUUUCCAAAUCGCCAAGAAUACGUUCUGGUCCAAGUCUUGGGGUCCCAGGCCAUUGGACCCCGAAAAGGCCUUACGGGUCGCAAGAAAUGCUCUCAAGAGAGCGCCUCUUUUGAUUCCCCUCUUCAAUCACUGCUACAUUCCCUGCAACCCUUCUCUGGCGGGGAACCCAAUCUUCUCCGUCGAUGAGAAUCGGAUCUCCUUUUGUGGUUUGGAUCUAUCCGAUUUCUUCGAGCGGGAAUUCCUUUUUCGGAGCUCCGACUCCAAUGCCCACCUUCUCAAAAAGCAAAGGUCCAUCAGUGAAAAAUCCGCGGGCUCCUCCUCAAACUUCUCACGACGGAGCCUGGACACCGGAGCAAGAACGCCAAGGUGGGUGGAGUUCUGGAGCGACGCAGUGGUGGAUCGGCGGCGGAGAAACUCGUCGUCGUCUUCAUCUUCAUCGCCGGAUAGGGUAAUAGAGAUGCCGAGGUCGGGAAUUCCGAAAUGGGUAAACGAAUACAUCGAAGAAAUAGGAUCGACUUUGAGAGAGGGGGGAUGGAGCGAAACGGACAUCACAGAGAUAGUACAGGUGUCAGCCUCCGGAUUCUUCGAAGGAGCAGCGAUGGUAUUAGUUGACAACCAGGCUGUUCUAGACGCUCUGCUUCUAAAAACGGAUCGGUUUUCGGAUGUUCUCCGAAAAGCCGGAUGGAGCUCGGAAGAAGUGUCGUACGCUCUGGGGUUCGAUUAUCGACCGGAAAAGGAACGAAAACCGGCAAAGAAGCUAUCCCCAGAACUGGUGGAAAGAAUCGAGAAACUGGCGGAGUCGGUUACUCGGUCAUAGUACGGGCAUCCCAAUUCCCAUCUCCCCAGAUUCCUCACUUUGCUUUAUUUUUAAAAUUUCAAGGUGUUGGGUAUGCCAUUUUCUGCCCUCCAGUCAUUACUAUUUUUUUAAAAAAAUUAUAUAAAUAUAUAAAUCAUGGUAUUGAGGAAAAAGUAAAAACAAUCAAACGGUCCAAUUUAUACGAUCCCGUUCAUGUAUGUAUACGAAUAAUGAUGAUAAAUGAGAAAAGUAGAAAUAUUAUAUUAUUUUGUGAA